UGGUGACUGGAUUCAACGUGCAGGCCACCAGGUGACGGCCCGACUGCGCUUCGUUUGCGCCGACCAUCCUCCUUUCUUUUCCUUAUUUAACCCGCGACAGCGAGGAUGGCGAAGGUCGCGAUGCCGUUUUCCCUCCCCCUUUCUCGCUCGUUUCAUACUGCCACAAAGAAAAUACUUCCUUUCCUUCUCCUGUACGCUUCCACCUUUCUUCCACUUCCUUCUUCCUUGUUCGCUCCGCUCUCUCUCUCUCUCUCUCUGAUCUGUUAGGUAUCUUUCUCUUCCAGAGAGGGAUACAGCGACAGGAAGAGAUACAUAGAGAUGCUGCAGAGAGCGGCUAGCAACGCGUACUCAUGGUGGUGGGCGAGUCAUAUCCGGACAAAGCAGUCGAAAUGGCUCGACAGCAACCUCCACGAAAUGGAGGACAUGGUGAAAAAAAUGCUCAAGCUCAUUGAAGCAGAUGCUGAUUCCUUUGCUAAGAGAGCAGAAUUGUACUUUAAAAGGAGACCGGAGUUGAUAGGUUUUGUCCAAGAUGCAUACAGGGCUUACAGAGCUUUGGCCGAAAGGUAUGAUCACAUAUCUGGAGAAUUGCACAAGGCCAACCACACUAUAGCAACUGCUUGCCCCGAUCAAGUCCAGUAUGCCAUGCUUGAGGAGGAGGAUAAUCUUCCGAAAGCAAUUAUACCUAUUGAUCCAAGUAAAAUUAACAAACCUCUAGUAGAAGGACUAAUGAACAAAAGAAGAGAAAGUGAAUCAUCCAUAAAGAAGCAACAGAAAAAGACUGAUGUGCUUCAGAUAAGUGAAGAAAAGGCCCGAGAGGAAAUAGGUAAGCUCCAGAAAGAAAUAUUGGUUCUACAAACUGAGAAAGAAUUCAUCAAGAGUUCAUAUGAAAGUGGGAUAGCCAAAUAUUGGGACAUUGAAAAGAAAAUCAUGGAUGCGCAAGAAAAAGUUUCCCGGUUGCAAGAUGAGUUCAGUACCAGUGCAAUCAUUGAGGACGAUGAGGCACGUUCUUUAAUGACAGCUACGGCUCUUAAAUCUUGUGAGGAUGCCAUGGUUAAUUUGCAGGAACAGAGAAGGAAAUCCCUGGAGCAAGUGAAAGUAGAGUCCCAAAGAAUUAAGGUUGCUAAUGAAAAGCUGAAGAUUCUCAAAAGUGAGAAUGGCCAACUGGAGGUGGAAAAUGCAGAGAUGUCCGGCAAAGCCACACAGAUGAACUUUUCUUCUGAGAAAAUUGAGGAUGAUGCUUUAAACAAGGCAAGGCUUGACUUACAGUCCAUCUGUGAGAAAACUAAGAUGCAUUUUGAGACGAUUCCUGAAAGUUCUGUGAUUGAAAUUGCUGAAAAGAUUAAUGAGCUUGCUAAUAAAGUUUUCACAUUGGAAAUGACUGUUUCAUCACAGUCCGCGCAAAUUAAUCAAUUGACUUUGGAAAACAAUGAUCUUGAUAGAUCCCUUCAGAAAUUGGAAGAGGAGAAAAUGACUCUCAUCAAUGACUCAGAUGCAUUGUCUAGAAGGCUGAAGGAAGCUGAAGAAGAGUUAACCAAAGUUCAAGCGAUUGAGAAAAUUAUCCAUGAUGAAGAAUUCAGUUUCAGAGAAAACUUUGUAGAAACCUGUCACAAUCUCAGCAAUAUUUCAGAGAAGCUGCAGUCUUUUAAAGCUACAGAAGAUGGUUGGACUCAAGAUGCAUUCAUAGAGGAUGAAUCUUCAACGCUUAACACUGAACCAGAGCAACUAUUUCAAGGUAAUGAAAUAACUGAAAUUGAUGUCAUUAAUGACGAUUUGAAAGAGGAAAUUCAUGCAACUCAAGAACAUGGAAAUUGUCAGGAAGAUGCUUCCCAAACUGAAGCAGGUUCUCAACUGAAGGGUGCUUUAGAAAAGACUGACGUAGCAACUGAAGCACUGGAAAUUAACGGAUUAGGGUCAUCACAAAUCAAUUCUAGCGUGCAUCUAAUUAUCAGUUCAGAAAGUUUGCUUGAUGGAAAAGAUCACACUCCUACCUUUUGUCAUAACAGUCCUAGUGGUUUAGACAGUAAUGAAGGGAUUUUGCAGGUGGAGUACACACCAGUAUUAACAAAUAACGAAGAGAUGAAGAAAAGACUCUCUGAAAUGGAGGAAAAAAAUGACCAACAUAUUCAAGAUACAAUGACUUCUUUGAUAGCAGAACUGAAGAACGUCAUUGUAGUGAAAGAUGAGGAGAUACAGAUGCUGUGUCAAAAGUUGGCCUCUCCAAAGACAAGUUCUAUUCUUACAUUAAACUCGUGGCAUGGCCAACAAAAGGUUGAAAACACAUCUGACUCUUCGAUGUGCCUACAGAACUAUAAAUCUCAAGAUUCUGACACAGCUGAUGUGCUAAACCCAUCAUCAAAUAAAAGUGACUCAAUUGCUGUGUCUACUGAAAAGGGCCUUGCUGAGAACAUCGAUGAUGAUCACAUAAAUGAGCAGGAUAGUAUUUCACCUAUCGCAGAAAAGUUCAGAAGGGAUAUUGAUACUCUGAUUGAGAGAAAUUUUGAAUUUUGGCUAAGAUUCAGUACAUCAUUUCAUCACAUGCAGGAGUUGAAAUCCAAAUAUGAAGACCUACAAAAUGAUUUCAGUAAGCUGAAUAAAAAGGCAUCGGCUGAGGAUAGCCCUUCAGCCAAUCAGGAUAGGAAAUCUGAGUCAGCACCAGUAGCCACAAGACUGAGAGAAUUGAAAAUGGAACUUGGCGUAUGGUUGGAAGAGAGUGCAUUGUUGAGAGGUGAGCUGCAAAGUAGGAUCUCAAGUCUUUCUGAAUUGCAAGAGGAGAUAUCCACUGCUAUGAAUACCAAAAUGGAAUCUGUGGAAGUUUUGUUCGCUUCUUAUGAAGCUGCAAAGUUUCAUGGUGAGGUAAUGAAUAUGAAACAGGAGAACACUAAAGCGAUUGGUGAACUGCAGUUGGGGCAAGACCAAGUCAAGAAGCUUCAAGCUGAAAUCGAGGAUCAGUUGUCUAAAUUGUGUGAAAAUUUUGAACCUUUUCCUCCAGGCAGCCCUCAUGAUGACUUGGAUAGUCCUCCAAGGGCUAGAGUACCCUUGCGCGUUUUCCUUUUUGGUGCCAAGCCUAAAAAGCCAUCAUUCUUUGAACGCAUACAACCGGUGUUUCAGAAACAAAACAUGAAGCUUAGAGUUGGACGCCGGUUUAAACAGCUUCAGCAAUCAGAAGAGUAACUCGUUACUAGUUGCAAAGUAGUACAACUACUCCCCUUACGAUGUGAAGAGAAAUUUGAGGAAAAGACGAGAUGGGGAAGGAAAGCAUCAGCAAAGGCUUGAAUGGCUGGGGUUCUUAUUCAGGCUAUGGAUAUCCUCCGGCGACCGGAAAUUGUUAUAACCAUAACGGUCAUGGAUACUACCCUCCAGCACCAUCAUACCCUCCUGCCGCAUACCCCCCCUCGCAUUAUCCUCCUGCUUCCUAUCCACCAUCACACCAAGGACAUGGAUCUCGUGUGGGGGCAGCGUUAGCCACCGCCGCUGCUGCUUAUGGAGUUCACCGCAUAGCUCAUGGUUCUCACCAUGGUGGCCAUGGCUAUGGAGCAUACGCGGGGCAUAUGCCCGGUGCCCACUACGGCGAGUUUAAGCAUGGCAAGUUCGGAAAGCACAAGCACGGCAUGUUUGGAGGCAAGUUUAAGAAAUGGAAGUGAUACUAACUGAGACUUAAGAUGAGAUGAUCAUAUAUCGCAAUAUUCUUCUUUCUGGCUUCAGUCACAGUAGUGGCUCUAUGGCAUAGAUAUUUCAAUAUGUAUUUGUUGCUUUGGAAUACUUAAUGACUGAAUAAUAUACAAUUAUAAUAUUGUAUUUA